GUAUUUUCUGGUGACACCCACAGCAAUGCAAACACCAUUCUAAUCGGUGGACUGUAAAUUAACGUUUUAUUUCACGAUUGGGAGUUUAUUUUUUAGCAAAAACCUUUGCCUGAUACAACGUACGUUUAAAAAUGUUGUACCAUAUCCCAUGGAUCUACACACCAGUGCGGACUGUUCUGGCCAUCUGGCAUCAGCUGACCAAAACUGAGAUCCCAGAGCUGACCAAGUGCUCGGUGCUGAUGAGGGAACGCAGCAGAGUGGAGGAGAUGAUCUACGCCAUGCAGCGAGCAGGUGCAGGCAACCUGCAGGUGAUCUCUGACUUUGACAUGACACUGACCAGAUUCGCUCACAAUGGCAAGAGAGUUCCCACCACCCACAACAUCCUGGACAACCGGUUGUUGAUUAAUGAAGACUGCACUAAACAGAUGAGACAGCUGUUGAACACCUAUUAUCCCAUAGAGAUUGAUGCUGGGCGCAGUGCGGAAGAGAAGCUGCCGCUCAUGGUGGAGUGGUGGACAAAAGUCCACGAGCUGCUAAUUCAGCAGAAGAUCAGAAAGGACAUGCUGGCCCAGGCUGUGAAGGAAUCCAGCACCAUGCUCAGGGACGGAUACAAGGUGUUUUUUGACAGUCUGGCCGAACACGAUGUCCCUCUGUUGAUCUUCUCUGCCGGCGUUGGCGACGUUUUGGAGGAGGUGAUCCGACAGAACCACGUCUUUCACCCUAACGUCCGCAUCAUCUCCAACUACAUGGACUUCGACCACACUGGCGUCCUGAGAGCCUUCAAAGGCCAACUGAUCCACACCUUCAACAAGAGGGAAGGGGCUCUGUCCCAGGCGGCGGGACUCAGCGAGCUGCAGGGUCGACCCAACGUGCUGCUGCUCGGAGACUCUCUGGGAGACCUGACCAUGGCUGACGGCGUAGCUGAGCCGCAGAACGUCCUGACCAUCGGCUUCCUCAACGACCAGGUGGAAGAGAGAAAAGAGGCGUACGUCAACUCCUUCAACAUCGUGCUGAUAAAGGACGAGACGAUGGACGUUCCAAACGCCAUCCUCCGUUACAUCUCCUCGUCCAGAGGCAACAAGUAAGACGCACAAGAAAGGAACCGUUCACUGCAUCCUGGACAAUGUCACACUGCAAACCUCACUUACCUCAAUGUGGUGCAAGUCCUGCAACACUCUUCACUCUUUCAAGUUCCACACUUGUUUUAUGUUUGUUUUACUGAAGCCCAAAGGCUUAAAGGCAGUAUUUGAAGACUUGGACUAGACUUUGAGUUAUUUCCUAGAGCAGCACAAGACCGGCUAAUGUGCCACGUUAACAUAACUCAGUGAAGGGGGGGAUUUAUACUCUCUACACCAGCAGCUCCCUCUGAAAAGAAAUCAGGUCCCAUCAAAUGUGACUUCUUCUUUCCUUUUACCAAAAACUUUUUACUGUGUCAGGGUGGAGCUUUUUUAGUUGUUAUUCACAGUAUGUUCAUUUUUGAGCAUAAGACUCAUUUUGUAAAUGUCUUUAUGUUUACUGUACGUUGCCCGUGUGCGUUCACUGCUACUCGAUGUUCAACUCUAAACGUACUGUACACGUAAAUCACCUCACAUAGUGCAGCUAACCGGACUCCAGUAUUAGUUGUGAAAGCAUUAAGGAUCUGAUAACGACAAACAUUUUAACUCCUGCUACUUUGCAUUAGGGGAAACUCCUUCCAUUGUAACACCGGCUGUUACUGUGCAUAGAAGGACGUGGACUGAUUGUUCUGUCCUGUAGAUGUUAUGAUAUUAAAGUAGAGAUAAAAAAUAAAAAAAACAACUUUUAAGUUCAGCCUCCUCAACUUAAGGCACAGUUCUCGUUUAUUGUUCACAACCAAAUUGCAGGUAAAGUCGUAUCGAAUCUAAAAGAGUCAAGUUACUAGUAAUUUCCUGCAGUGCAAACUUAUGACAGUAAGACUGUUAUUACAUAGACAGAAGAAUCAUGCUGCGGCUUUUUAAAGUUUGCAUCAUGAAUGAACAGUUAUUUCAAACGAUUCUGUUCAGACAUAAAAUAGAAAAACCGACAGUUUUUUAACAAACAUUUUAAUCAAUGUGUUUUUCAGGGAAAAUUAAAGGUGCUUGUUUGGUUUUCUGAAAUACAGCAAUCAAACACUCAUACAACACACUCAAAAAAACAAACA